GAUCCACCCUGAAAUUAUGACCCCCACUUUUGAGGAAAAAUUUUGUUUUCUUAAAAUUGUACAGUCCGUAAAGUGCAAAACAUGUUCAAAAUAUAUUUGGCAAUAUGGCUGAUUUUUGCGCAUGCGCACCUUAAAAAUUCAUUAAUUCUCCAUAUUGAAUUGGGUUGGUUUCGCGUUGUUUUGAUGUACCGUGGAUGUACAUAUUUUAAAUAGUUACAAACGUUACAAACUUUUUAAUUUCCAAUAAUAAUUAAUUGAUCUGUAUCAGAUCUUCAGAUAGAAAAUAAAGGAAACUUGUGAUAAUGAGAUCUCGAGCUGGUAAACGAAGAGAUCGAAGAAGAUCCAGAAGUAGGGAUCGUGGCGGACGAGACAGGGGUUACGGGGGUGGUGGAGGUCGUAGAAAUCAAGCCGGAGCUAACCUUAGAAAACCGCGUUGGGAUCUUAGUCGUUUGGAACCUUUUAAAAAGGAUUUUUACGUUCCACAUGCUUCGGUAUCAAACAGGUCAUACUAUCAAGUAGAAGACUGGAGAAAAAGUAAGGAGAUCACUUUAAAAGGAAAGAAUGUACCUGACCCAGUAUUGAGCUUCGAAGAGGCUGGCUUUCCUGAUUACGUAAUGGGUGAAUUACACAAAGCUGGUUUUAAAAACCCUACACCCAUUCAGUCACAGGGGUGGCCUAUAGCUUUAUCUGGAAAAGAUAUGGUUGGUAUAGCAUCAACAGGAUCUGGCAAAACUCUAAGCUAUAUUUUACCCGCUAUUGUCCAUAUAAAUCAUCAGUCUCGAUUAGCCAGAGGCGAUGGACCUGUUGCUCUUAUUUUGGCACCUACUAGAGAGUUGGCUCAACAAAUUAAACAAGUUGCCACUGAUUUUGGUAAGAGUUCUCGAAUUCGAAACACAUGUAUUUUUGGGGGUGCUCCAAAAGGGCCCCAAGCUUUAGAUCUAAUGGACGGUGUUGAAAUAGUUAUUGCUACGCCUGGGCGAUUACUUGAUUUUUUAGAAAGUAACAGGACAAAUUUGAAAAGAUGCACUUAUUUAGUAUUGGAUGAGGCGGAUAGAAUGUUGGAUAUGGGUUUUGAGUUGCAAAUCAGGAAAAUUAUAGAACAGAUAAGACCAGACAGGCAAACACUUAUGUGGUCAGCUACAUGGCCGAAAGAAGUUCAACAGUUAGCCUCAGAGUUUUUGAAAGAUUACAUCCAGAUCAAUGUUGGUUCCCUUCAACUCUCAGCAAACCACAAUAUUCUUCAAAUCAUCGAUGUCUGUCAAGAGUAUGAAAAGGAAUCAAAGUUGAGUACUUUACUGAGAGAAAUUAUGGCUGAAAAGGAAAACAAGACAAUCAUUUUUAUGGAAACAAAGAGGAAAGUUGAUGACGUUACAAGGAAAAUGAUAAGAGAUGGGUGGCCUGCAGUGUGCAUUCAUGGUGAUAAAACACAACCAGAAAGAGAUUGGGUUUUACAAGAUUUCAGGAGUGGUAAGGCACCAAUUCUUGUAGCAACAGACGUUGCAGCUCGUGGUUUGGAUGUGGAAGACGUGAAGUUCGUUAUCAAUUUCGAUUAUCCCUGCAAUUCGGAAGAUUACGUUCACCGCAUUGGUCGUACUGGUCGAUCACAGAAAACGGGAACAGCAUACACGUUCUUCACACCGCAAAAUUCCAACAAAGCGGGUGAUUUGGUUUCUGUACUAAGAGAAGCUAAGCAAGUGAUCAACCCUAAGCUGCAGGAUAUGGCCGAUCACGGUAGAUCGGGAGGUGGUGGUUUAAGUAGAUGGCGUAAACUUGGAAGCGGUGGAGGAGGAGGUCGGCUAGGUCGCGGUGGACCUCGAUCCCCAUCCAGAUCUCCCGUUCGUAGAGGUCGGAGAGAUAGAGAUCGUAGCCGUAGCAAAAGCCGUAGCAAGAGUAGAAGCAGGAGCAGGUCCAGAGAUAGGAGACGCAGGAGAUCCUAUUCUUAUUCCAGCAGCUCUAGCAGCAGUCGGUCUAGAUCAAGAAGUCCUCUACCACCAAGAAGCAGCACACAAACUAAACCUCCGUCACCUCCACCAAAACACGUUCCACAGCCUGCUCAGAAUUCGUCUGCGCCGCCUCCACAGCCACUGCCCAAACCGGUUAUGGCGCAGCCGCCUCAGAAUAACAUGGCACCGCCCCCCACUCAGAUGCCGCCGGCGCCGGCUCACUUGAAUCAGCCGCCUGUUCAAAAUCACGUGCAAAAUUCCAUGGUAAAUCAUAUCCAGCCUCAUUUGAUCCCAGGACAACCGCCUGCGCAAUUACAGAUGCAACAGCAUAUGCAAAAUCAACAAAUGCAACAGGCCCAGAUGUUGCAGCAACAGCAAAUGAUGCAAAAUUUGCAACAGCAUUUACAGCAACAGAUGCAAGGCCAACAUAAACAGAAUCACCAUCCACAACCUCCAUUGCCACCGGCCCAGCCAAAAAUUAGUCAGCCCCCACCACCACCUCCUCAGGGUGCUACGCCCUCGUCUUUGUUACAGUUCCAAGCUCACAUGCCCCCACCUACUGUUCAAAGAUUUCAGACUUAUCAGCUUCCUCCAGGGAGUCUGAUAUUCAACGCACCUCCACCGCCGCCUCCAAAUGGUCAACCCCAGAACAAUCAAAUGUAUUUCCACCCGUACGGACCUUCACCUCCGGUAUCUCGCUGAAUCAGUUUCGGAAUGAAUGUCGGAAUUAGGUUAGGAAGACUUAUUGCUUUACUUAUAAGGAUAUAGACCGAAUAGGAUAAAUUAACUGAAUGAAAUUAAAAAAAUCUCUUUUUUUCUAUGUUAGAAUUAAAUAUUAUUGAAACUAAAAUAUAGUUUCGGAACAAAUGUCGAUUAAUAGAUGUAAAUAUUCAGUAAAGAUUGAAUGUUAAAGCUA